UCGAGAUAAGAUGGCCGAAUGAUAAAGCAAAGAUUGGACGUUGAUCCGCGCUGAAAGUCUUUAUUUGUAAAGCGAAUACAAUGUGUUCAAAGCCAGCACAGCAACAAGAACCCUUUCGCAAAAAGGAAGAGUUGAACUCUGUGUAAAGUGGCUGCGUAUUGUCGCUGGUUAUUUUAAAUGUUGCGCGCCAAAUUUUGGUUGUGUCUUUGUUGAAUGCGGAAUUUUGAUAGCACAAAAAUAUAAACAGAAUGUCGGGCCAUCCGACUACAAGCACUGUCUCCGAGCGAGAAGCGUCUACUUCGAAAGAAGGGAUGUCAUUUGAGGAAAAAAUUGGCAUGGCUAAAAAGUUUGACCGCGAGAUGAAAGAUUAUGCGAAGGCAACAGUUAAAGAAUUUCUCGGCAUUUAUGGGUACGAAGAAGAUGUAGAUAUCAACAUUGAUGAAUCUGAGAGCCAUAAAACUGGCGAGACAUCAACAAGUCAGGCAGUUGAUAAACAAACGGAAACUGAACCAACAACUUCUACAGAAUGCAUGAUGUGUAGGAUAACCUUGGAUACUUGUGUUAGCUCUGUGCUUUGGCAGUGUUUUGUUACCAGACUGAGUGAUCCCAGAGAAGUGUCCACGAUGACGUGUGUGGUUGAUAAAGGGUCGGAUCGUCCAGUGUCUUCAGUCAGUAUAUCGAGCUCAACGAGUAACGCAAGUAACGAAGACUCUGGUUCAGUCAAGCAAGAAGAAAACCCCAGACAAAACUUAUGUCUUUCAACGUUUUCAUGGGACGAAUACCUCGCUGAAACGAAAGGUAUUGCCGCCCCUUGGACUUGCUUCAAACAGGCGGCCACUCCUCCAUACAAUGGUUUUCAGUGCGGUAUGAAGUUAGAAGCAGCCGAUCCCCGGAACGAGGGAGCUGUUUGCGUGGCUACCGUGGUGGGGGUGAUUGGUUCGCGUCUAAGACUAAGGUUUGACGGUUGUGGUAAUUUGAAUGACAUCUGGAGGGUGAUUGAUUCUGGCGAUAUUCAUCCCGUGGGCUGGUGUGAAGGGAAUGGUGGUGUGCUCAAACCACCUGUGGGUUUUCGUAUGGAGGGGAGCAGUUUUAAAAGUUUCCUCAAGAAAAACUUGGCAAACGGUGAACUGGCACCUUUCAGACUCUUUAAAAAGGAACCCAACACUCCCAAGGUGAACCUAUUUUGUCCAACUUUCAAAUUGGAAGCGGUGGAUCUGAAGAAUCCAGCUCUUAUUUGUGUCGGCACUGUCGUUGACGUCAUAGGCGAUGACGUAAUGGUAGCAUUCGAUGGUUUUAAAGACACAGCGUACACGUACCCUUUCUAUUCCAGAGAUAUCUUUCCACCAGGAUGGUGCUACUUCAGUGGACACCCCUUGCAACUUCCUGGACCCGAGUAUAGAAAAUUCAAAACGUCUGCGUCACAGAAGGAACGUUCAGUACUUCAUGUUGUCAAACCUCUAGACGACGAUGACGAAGACGAUUAUGAACCACGCACAGCCAUAACUCUGUCUAACAAGCAAAGAACUGUUCGUGCAAUCUCUUCUGUAGAAAAUGCCGACUCCCCUUCAGAAGAUCCAAAUGUGGAUCAUGCGUUGAACUUUCCCGUGCCAGUUGAACUGUUUGUGAACUUCUCCUGCGAGUUUGGUUCGUAUCUUGAUCCCUCAAAGGUAGCGGAGCUCCGUCCAGUGUUUCGCGGUAAUGUUCGUGACGUUCUCCAGUCUAGUAUCCAGGCUAUUGUAAACGUUGCGUACAAUCCCAGCAUUGUCAUUGGCUUUCUACGACCAGGCAGAGGAAAGAUUGUGAUCAGAGCAAAACAUGGUAAGGAUACAUACACAUGCUGUCUGCAAAGUGUUGAUCAUAUCUGGGUGUUUUGGAACGUAUUUGGACGUUUCACAGACAACCUCCGUUGUUGCAAGAAUUUGUUCUCUUCGGAAAAGCUGCACGGUGUUUGCCCAAAGUGCAAUGACCAGGGUAGGAAAAGAUUAAUGGAGGAGAAGCAGUUGGCCGAGCAAGAGAAACUAAGAAAUGAUUUGAGAAUGGAAGAGAUUAGAAAGCAAGAAUUAAGAAAUGAAGAACGGAGAAUGGAAGAAGUGAGGAAUGAGAGGAUGAGGAAUCAGGAACUGGCGAGGAAAGAACAGCAAAGAGAAGAACCAGUGACGAAAAUGAGAAGAAUUGUUCGCGAUGAAGAACUAAACGAAGUGUCCGACAUUGGAUCAACCUCUUCACCUCUUACCUGGAGCAUUGACGAAGUUGUUGAGUAUUUUGCAAAAUCAGACAUUUCAAAAUACGCAGAAUUAUUUAAACAACACGAAAUUGACGGUGGCGCUCUUUUAUUGUUGAAUCGGGAGACAAUUAUGUCUUGUAUGCAAUUCAAACUUGGACCAGCGUUAAAAUUGCUUAAUCACAUUGCAGAACUGAAGACAAAGUUUAAUCUAUGAUAUUUCUGAUAGGAAAGACGAUAUUGAAAAAUACUGAGCUCUUCGGAACUCAAAGAAGUGUACGGUAUCCUUUAAAUACUAGAAUAAUUUUUCGUUUUUAUAUUCUUUUCUCACUGAACAUAGUUUGUAAUAUUGUAUUCUGUACAUAUAUUUCAUGUAUAAAGAUUGUAAUUAUAUAGAGUCCAAACA